CCUCCUUCUCCUUCUUCUUCUUCACUUCCUUCUUUUCCUCCACCUCCUUCUCCUCCUCUUUCUAAUUCUUCUCCCUCUUUGUCUUCUCCUGCUUCUUCUUCUCCUCCUCCUUCUUCUUCUCCUCCUCCUUCUUCUUCUUAUUCUUUGUCUCCUUUUUCUCCAACUACUUCUUUUCCUUCCUCAUCUUCUUCAUCUCCUUCUUCUCCUCCUCCUCCUUCUCUUUCGUCUUCUCCUUCUUCUUCUUCUUCUCCUCCUCUUUCUUCUCCUCCUUCUCCUUCUUCUUCUUCUUCUUCUUCUUCUUCUUCUUCUUCUUCUUCUCCUCCUUCUUCUUAUUCUUCUUUUUCUCCUUUUUCUCCCACUACUUCUCCUUUUCCCUACUCUUCUUCUCCUUCUACUCUUUCUUCUUCUCCUCCUCCUCCUUCUCCUCCUUCUUCUUCUUCUUCUUCUCCUCCUCCUUCUUCUCCUUCUUCUUCAUCUUCUCCUUCUUCUUCUGCUUCUUCUUCUCCUCCUCCUUCUCAUUAUUCUCCCUCUUAG